AUGGAUGCAGAUAAUUCCCCAACAAGUAGCUGGAGAGGGGACAGUGUCAUAAAGCCAGCUUCUUUUACUUUUGGUGUGCUUCAUCCUUACCUGUGUAAAAUUGAAUUCAGCUUCAUUAAAAAGCUUCAAAUUACUAUUGAACAAUCACAGAAAAUGAUUCCACACAAGCACAUGAUUUUUAUUACGAUGUUAACUCGUCAAGUUGAAGAUUUAAACUGA